AUGGCAACAUUCGCCCCUUCACAACAAGAUUUACAAACGUUUUUCAACGGAGAGACUCAGAUUUUCGAAAACGCGGAAGACGCCCAGAAGUAUGUGCAGAACCAUUUUUCUUUGACCCCGUUUUCUGUCGAAAUACUAGACAAGAUUGUUGAGUAUGCAUACUACUUGGAUAAUCCAGAGAAAAAACAUGCCAACAGGAAUGCAAACUUGAAGAAUUUGAUGUUGGUUAACAGCACGUUUUACUCACUCUGCAUGCCAUACACUUACAGGUAUGGAUCGUUUGUGCGGUCUAACAUGUUCUACAGCUUUCUUUUGACACUUAUGAAAAAACCCGCCCUUGGAAAGUUUGUUGAGGGACUUGACUUUCAAGAGUUUACAGCAGUGGGACUUGGCCGUUCGGGAAGAACGCUAUCGCAGAUCCAGAACCUAACAGAGCGCACUAUAUUGAAAUGUCUUGAGCUGACUCCAAAUUUGAAGCAGUUCCUCUCAAGUGAGAGUAUUGAAGGUGAUAUCAGCCCUCAAAUUGUCCACUGCUUGUUCAAUAGCCUUCCAAAAUUGGAAAGCAUCGAUUUUUGCGGUUCGAGUGGAUUCAACUUCGUUCACAGCUUUGAUAAUCUCUCCGUUCUAAACAUGAACUAUCAGAUUAAGAGACUCUCGUUCCACGACUGCACAGAUUUCAAUGCAAAGGCACUCAGAGGCAUCUUGCCUCAGCUCCCAAACUUGGAACGUUUAGAUUUGACUCACACGCCGGUUGUUGCGAGCGAUUUGGCUGCCGGAUUGAACAAAAACUGCCGUUUGACACACAUUUCACUAAGUAAGUGCUCAAACAUAGGGGCUACGCACAGUUUCAUGAAUUUACUAAUAAACCACCCUUCGAUAAACAACAGAGAGUUGGUUUGGUUGAAUCUCCAGAACGAUUAUUCUGUGGCUCUUCUCAAAUCGGAGGCCAUCACAUACCUUUUAGAGCACUUGAAGUGCACAAAUUUGAGGUAUUUAAACUUAAACGGCUACAGCGAGAUCAACGAGAGCCACCUUGAGAUUAUCACGCGUAGAUUUUCGCAGCUUGAGAGCUUGUCGGUCUCUCAUCUUCAGAAAGAUUCUGAUUUCAGGAUAUUGGGCCGCCUAGAGAACUUGAAGUUUGUCGAUCUCGCUUCGAAUCUGGACACACGUCCAGCUGUUGUAGAAUUUCUUCGUGACUGCCCGAAAACUGUGGUUGCAAUCGAAAUUAGAGAUACAUUGGCAGAUCAGCUUCCAGAGAUUUUGAUUGUGAGAGAUCAGAUGUGGCGGGUUCACAACUCGAACGGACAAAGUAGGAGGGUUUGGAUCCACAGGGUGGAUUCACGAAACGAUGCCCAUUUGUACGACCUGUUCUAUGACAGUCGUAUUUUCUUCAACAUUGAAACAGGUGAACAGAACGAUGGUGAGUUUAAAAAGCCACUAUUCUUGAAGUAUGCCUCACACAAGGUGAACUGCUCUUCUCAGUUAACUGGUGAGGAGGAUGAGCGUGUGUUUCCAAAUAGCUUUUGUGAGCGGGGCUUGUAUAGAUAUUACGCUCUACACAGAUAA